AUGAAUGGCUUCUCUGAUCUUAAUCCUCCUGAAAGCAAACCUUCUCUUUCACAUCUUGCUCCUUUAGAAGCCAUUCUGUUUGAUGUUGAUGGAACGUUAUGUGAUUCAGAUCCAAUCCACCUUAUUGCCUUUCAGGAGCUGCUUCAAGAGAUUGGUUUUAACAAUGGUGUUCCAAUCGAUGAGAAAUUCUUUAUUGAGAAUAUUGCUGGAAAACACAAUUCUGAGAUUGCUCUAGCUCUGUUCCCUGAUGAUGUUUCAAGAGGGUUAAAAUUCUGUGAGGAAAAAGAAGCACUUUAUCGCAAACUUGUUGCAGAAAAGAUUAAGCCACUUGACGGGCUUCUAAGAUUGACCAAAUGGAUCGAGGAUCGUGGGUUGAAACGAGCUGCUGUAACAAACGCACCGAAAGAAAACGCGGAGCUCAUGAUAUCGAAACUUGGUCUGACUGAUUUCUUUCAGGCAGUGAUUCUUGGUUCUGAAUGUGAACAUCCCAAACCACACCCGGGGCCUUACUUGAAAGCUCUUGAAGCGCUUAACGUGUCAAAGGAACACACGCUAGUGUUUGAGGAUUCGAUCUCUGGGAUAAAAGCUGGAGUUGCAGCUGGAAUGCCAGUGAUUGGACUAACUACAGGUAAUCCAGCAAGCCUGCUUAUGCAAGCAAAACCCGCUUUUCUCAUCGAGAACUACGCUGAUCCAAAACUGUGGGCUGUGUUGGAAGAACUCGAUAACAAGGAGUGA